GUUGAGAACGUAGCGUGUGUGUAUUUUAAAUUAUAUUUGUUUUGUUUAUAAUUCGUUUGCAGAAUGGUGCUCAAUCCCAGAUGUGAGAUAUGGAAUUAUUUUGAUAAUAUCGUUGAAGAAGGGGUUGCAGUGUGUAAAUUGUGUAAACAGCGCUUGAAAAACGAACGAAGCUACAGUUUGAGGAAACACAUCAAUAAACUGCACAAUCCCAACAGUGAGAUAUGGAAACAUUUUGAUAAUGUUGUGGAUGAAUGUGUGGCGGUAUGUAAAAUAUGCCAGAAACGGGUACGUAACAACCGGCACUUUAACUUAAUACUGCAUCUAAAACAACACGAUAUCAUUGUGGACAUUGUCGACAAGGGAAAUGAAACAUCGUCGUCGAAAAAAAUCAAUAUUAAUUCUAAGUCAAGCAAUAGGCCUCAGCAAGUUGAAAAGAUCAAAGGUAAUUUAUAUAUUGAAAUGGGAGAGAAAAAAUUAGUGUCUGCCGUUAUGGGUCUUAUGGUGGAGGAAGACUUAGGCCCCCAGAUAUUUGGUUCGAAAAAUAUGCAGGCCCUUUUAAGUCCGGUAUGCAGUGCCAUAUCGAAACAGCAAGUUACAAGAUUUAAUGUGGAUGAAAUCCAAAGCAAGAAAGUUCUUUCCACUGUGGCCAAUCAUAUACGCAACGAGUUCUGUAAUGAUUUGUACUGGCGUCUAUUGUCUCUUAAAAUCGACAUGGACGUGAAUGCUCCAGUUAAGUCAUUUUGUCUAAGUGUGCAAUUUAUACAUGAAAUGCAAUUGGAAAAUCGUAAUCUGAGCGUAAUAACUCUAGCCGACAAGGAACAGCUAACGGCUCAACAUAUUAAACCCCUUCUGCAACAGUUCAAUAUUGAUACUAAUCAAAUUGUUAGUGCCUGUUGGGACAAUACCAAGGAAAACUAUAACCUAUCAGUAUCCAACUCGGAAUAUUUAACAGAAAUAGACAAUUUCGAAAGAAAUCCUGGAAUAAACUUGGGCGAUAUAAAGGUGGAACGUUAUAUUGGUGUAAUUGCCCAACUCUGUGUUAUGGAUGUUCUCAAAAACCCCAAUAUAUUUAAACUGUUUCUGGAAUGUCGUAAUUUGACCAAAAGUAUUAAUGACGAAGCAAAUAUAUUCUAUGUAUUAUUUAAAGAAAACAAUUUGAAUAUACCUCAAUUGGAUUCACCCUGGAAAUGGGGUUCAACUUACAGCAUGUUAAACGAUUUGAGAGAAGCUCGCUCUGUAUUGGAAAAUAUAACUUGCGAUCAACUCGAUCAGGAAGAUCAAUUUGAUCUUAAUGAUAAUCUAUUGGACUUUAUUGAGGCCUUUUGUAAAUCAUUAAGCUAUGUGCAAAAAGCUCUGCUAAAAUUUUACAAUGAAGAAAUGCUUUUUGGAGAUUUUUAUAUACAAUGGUUAAAGUGUAAGCUUUUAACGCAAAAGCUUCUCAAAGCUCAGGCCAAACAAGGCAAUCAUUUGGAACUGAUUUUAUCGGAACUUGUAAAAUGUAUUGAAAACCGAUCAAAUGAGCUUUUAAAUCAAGAUCCUUUUAAGGCCUGCUUAUAUUUGGAUCCACGUUUACAGCAUACUUUAAAUUUGCCCGAAAAAAUGUUUGCCAUAGAGUAUCUAAAACAAUUAUGGGAUCGCUCGAAAAUAUACAAUGCUGAACUUGUGGAUCCAGUCGCAGAAAGUAAAAAUCAUAUGACUUUGCCUGAACAACAGCCUGACGAAGAUGAUGAAGAUGCCUGCCUUAAUGAAUUUCUAUGUCAGGGAAUUCAAGAUGCCGAAACCUCAGGGAUUUAUAAAAAACUUGAAGAAUUAAAAUUACCAUUUCUAAAUGCCAAUACGGACAUAUUAUCGUUUUGGAAAGAUCAGAAAGUGUCUGAACCGCAGCUUUAUACUUUAAGUACGGUAUGCUUUGCAAUGCCUGCCACCCAGAUUUACAAUAAAAUUCGUUAUUCUCAACACGAUCUUUCCAAUGAGACUUCGUAUGUGAAAGGAAAUCUUGGUUUUAUUCGCUUAAAUGAACCUCUUUUAGACAAUGCCAUACAGACGUUGGGUCUAUUUAGAGACGAUGAUUCAUCGGAUAAUGAACAAUCAGAUGUAUCUGAGGAUAACAGUGAAAGUUUAUUCACUACGGACCCUAUAACAGUUUGUCUUCCAACCACCUCAGCUCACGCCAUGGGUAUUCUAGGAGAUAUAAUCAUUAAAUCCGAAAUCGAGGACGUGAAUAUUGAUUAGUUUUUUUUUAAGAAGUCAUUUGUUUUGAGUUACUGUUACAGUAACAUUAAAUGGUAUUAAUGAAGUUAAUAUGUAUAACAUUUUAA